AUGUUCCCCAACUUCGACUCUGAGCGCAGACGCAAGAUCAACCUCGGUGGCGCUUCUUCUUCGUCGUCGUCGACCUCGAUCCUCCGCAAUGUCCAUGCCGAACGAGAGGCGCGAGCGGCCCAUCGCCUCCGUACCGACUCAGCUACGCGUAUACAGGCAUGGUACCGGGGUGUCAAAGCUUCAAGGAGGACGAGAGAGGAAAUGAAGGCGAUGUUCGAGGCUGACGUUAAAGGUCUCACGGGAUUGAGGUGCUUGGUCUUGAUCUGCAGGCGUAGCAGGGCUGGCAAGAACAUGGAUAAACUGAGCCGGGAUGGUGAAGAAGCCCUCUCAAGGUGGGCUGGGGAAAUAGGAGCCUUGGGUCCACACGCCCUAUGGACGCCCGUCCUUUCUUCGAGUCCUGCAGUUCAAUCGAGCUGGCUCGCGCUUAUUCGCCAGGUUGGCUUGAUCUUGGUUCGAGCUGUAUCUGAAUCGCCUCAGUCCCCACGAGCGAUGAAUUACCUCUCCAUCCUCAAUUCCCUCCUUUCCAAGGACAUCGCAGAUGCAUUUGUGGGCGCUGGAGGCAACGGGUCUACCCUUGUGGUGUCUAUCACGGAGUACCUUGUCGCAAGAGGGUUCUAUGCGCUGCUAGGACGAGCUAUUGAACGUAUCCCUUCAACCUCAAAAAAGUCACCGACAUAUCCCCCUCUCCUCGCCCUUAUCACUCUUCCCCUGUCAACAUUCGCAGCUUCUUCCCCUCAGUAUGCGUCUAUUCUUGCUCAAUUAGUCGCCCACGUUCUUUCCGUGCCGCUCCUCCUCAACCGAUUGCCACUGGAUGAGCUGCCAAAUUUUGUUGCUCGUCUUCCUUUGGCCCAACUUCAGAUCUUGCAAUCCCACUUCGAUGAGCUCGAGGUAGAAUUAGACAAGAAGGUGAAAGAUGGAGAUGGAGGGGCGAAAGUGCACCUCGUAGCCACUCUCUACAUGCUCCUCUCGCCGCGGUACAAGAUCCUUCCCGUUCCUGCGCUAGAGAUGUAUCUUCGCCUUUCAGCCCGUCUCUUGAACGGUUUUCCUGCCGGGAUCUUUGUCUCUCCUUCCUCGACCACCGCAACUGCCACUCAAAGCGUCAAGAAAGGCACCGCAGGCAAGAAAAAGGCAAUUUACGACUCCUCAUCCUCCGACUCUGAAGAUGAGCACCCAACACGCGUCUCGGUCGUAUCCUCCUUCUCCAUCAACGUCCCAUCGACACCACCGCCACCACCUGUCGUUCUAGAUACCAAGACCCUCGCGCGACUCCAGAAGAUUGCGGAGCCUGUUCAUCUCUCGUCUUUAAUCAGCGCUACACAGUCCAAACCCACUCUCUUUCGCCACCUGAUCGGCUACCUCUUCGCGCUGACACAAGCUUGGGCACGGGCGGGCACGAAGUACUCCUCAAGCUCGAACUUCGCAAGCCCAAGUUCCACGUCGAAGAAAGGAGGGAAGAAGGGCAGCAAAGGCGAAGAAGAGGUUCUCCGCGCGAUUUUGGCGAGCGCUGGCCCUACAGGUGGCUUGAUUAGAGAGCUGUAUCGGGUUUUGGUUAGGGCGGCGCCGGUGGGCAAGGAUGAGGUUGGACGGGAUGUUUUGGACCCAGUCAACGCGGCUCAUUACCCGUCUCUGCUCCUCCUUGCCGACCUCUACUCUCAAGCUCUCCAAACCAUGGGAGAUGACGAGUUCUUCGGCACCUCAUCUUCUUCACUGACUUCAACUUCUGGCUCCGCAAACGCAGCUCGAAACCCGUUGACGCUCGACGAGCUGGUCUCUCUUUCGAAGCAGCUAUUAAACAUUGCCUUUGUUCUCUAUUGGCGAGACGACUCUGCUUUCGUCGGGGCGGACUCGGCGGCCCCUACGACAAGGUUAAUGGAGACGUUGGUUAGCACCGAGGUCAGGUGUACAUGGGAGGCGGUGCGAGAGAAGGUGACGAGGUGUUUGCUUGCGGUCCAUGCCAGAGACUCGCGAAGACCAUUUGCCCCGCCAGACCACUGGCUUGUCACGUCCCAUCUCGGCGUCAACUCUGAGAACGACAUGCAUUCGUUCGUUGAGGCUGCUGUUAUGGAGGAUCAACAACUCUCCCUCCAAUCCGAUUUCCCAUCAUAUUUAAACCCCCGCGGCCCUGGCCGGCUCAACGCCGCCCGCAACGCUAAAAUGCAAGCCCGCUUUGCGCAAGCUCUGACACCCCGCCUAGGAAUUUUGAACAACAUACCCUUCGCGGUACCCUUCGAGGUUCGCGUGCGUAUUUUCCGAGAGUUUGUCCAUGCAGACGCCUACGGGCAUGAGCAUAGGGCUCAUUCUAGGAGGUCACGCUCGCGGAGAACACAGGCGAUCAACCCAGUGGCUCACCUCCGAAACGUGUUGGAUGAGGUCGCGGAUGACCUCCAGGAGAUCAACCGCGGUCUUGACACUAUCGCUGCCGACUUGGGCAACGUCGACUCUGGAGCUUCCACAUCGCAAUCGAGUGGUGGCCCAGCUCCUGUUGCCACAACGAGGAGGAGAGUCGCUAUUGACGCUGCGGAUCGGAUAGGGCGGAUGAUGGAGGAAGACUUUGAGAGGCUACAGGACGGGCAACGUCAUCACGUCGAUGACCUUGGGCGGGCAGCACUGGACGACUUGAUGUCUGAAGUGGCGCGAUCUAUGGACGUUGACGCUGCUGAGGGCGGGGAUCUCGACGACCAACUUCAAGCAAUCGACGACUUUUUUGCGUCGGCGGCCAGGCGUAGCUCCACAACCCCCAGGAAUCCAGGACAGCCUGGGUCCAGUGACACGGGCCCGCCGGUGACGAUGGGGCCCGGUGGCCGACCACGUGUGCCUGUACGACGCGGGAUGGUCGCCCAAGAUGGGUUUGAUAAGCUUUCAGGAGUCGAUUUGAAGCAACCGGUCGAAAUUGUGUUCGUUGACCAGUGGGGGCAGGAGGAGGCUGGCAUUGAUGGCGGUGGCGUGUUCAAAGAGUUUUUCACGUCGCUGUGCAAAGAGGUGUUCGAUACGGACCGUGGGCUCUGGCUCGCAAACAAGAAGAAUGAGCUGUAUCCCAACCCGCAUGCCUAUGCUACUGAAGCCCAUAGCCUGAACUGGUACCGUUUCAUUGGCAGGAUUUUGGGCAAAGCGAUGUAUGAAGGGAUUCUGGUUGAUGUCGCGUUUGCUGGAUUCUUUUUGGCCAAGUGGUUAGGUCGACAGUCGUUCCUUGAUGACCUAGCUUCGCUUGAUCCCGAGCUGUAUAAUGGUCUUAUCUUCCUGAAGCACCACGCUGGUAACCCCGAAGAUCUCUCGCUGAAUUUUACAGUCGCCAUCGAGGAAUUUGGUGUCACAAAGACGAUCGACCUUAUUCCCAAUGGAUCUAACAUCACUGUAACACGAGAGAACAGGCUCCAGUAUAUCUUCUUGGUGUCGCACUACCGGCUAAGCAAGCAAAUCAAGCUCCAAAGCGAGGCGUUCUUCGAAGGGUUGUCCGAAAUGAUCGAUCGGAAAUGGUUGAGGAUGUUCAACCAAACCGAACUUCAACUCCUGCUCGGCGGCACACACACGCCCAUCUCCGUAGAUGACCUACGCGCGAACACCUCGUACGGCGGCUUGUACGAGUCCGCGCACCCAACCAUCCUCAUCUUUUGGAAUGUCCUCUCUACAUUCUCGCAGGCCGACCUGCGGGCGUUCCUGCGCUUCGUCACCUCAUGUUCGCGUCCGCCUCUACUCGGCUUCAGAGAGCUUAGACCCGGGUUCGCGAUACGAGACGCCGGUGGAGACCAAGCACGAUUGCCUAGUGCGAGUACAUGCGUGAAUCUUCUGAAGUUGCCGAGGUACGAGAGCUCGCAACUGUUGAAGGAGAAAUUGUUGAAGGCGAUCUGGGCUGGAGCUGGGUUUGAUUUGUCGUAG